AUGGUGCUCGGACUCGGGAAGUGCAGUGAUGAUGUUAGCAGCGAAAGUGGCAAUACCGAAGUGACAGUUACUAGAAUAAUUUGCGAGAAUGACAAGGAUACACUUGACUGCGGUGAAGAUACCAUCAGCAUAGGAACCGCUGUCUACGGCCGCACUGAAGCUGGAAUCUGUCCACCCGCUUCGGCUGCUUCCGCCAUGGAAUGCAAUGGCAAAGACGUAACGACCCUUGAACGUCGACGUUGCGACAAUGGAACGUCUUGUGUGGUUGAGCCUUCAAAUAGUCGAUAUGAAGAAGACCCGUGUCCUAAUAUCUUCAAGUAUUUGAAUAUCACGUAUUCCUGUAAUGUCAAUCGUACAUACCAGUUGAUUCUUCCAGUUUCACCGCAGAACGAGACGUGGGUAAAAAAAUAUAACUUCGGCUUCAUCAAUUUAACCAAAGCCUUCACAAAACACCUGAGGAUAGUUCCUAAUUCAGAGGAAAAGACGUAUAUCUCUGUAACAUGUGAUGUACCUGGAUGGAUGGACGUAAGAGGUAUUAAAGAUAUUGAUAUUCCAACUGGAUGCAACGUCAUUACAGUAUGUUCCACUGCGGACAUCACUGUCCAUGGUAUAGUCCGAAGUGAAAAAUUGAUAACCGGUGGAUUUCUAGCUCUUCCGACUGACUACCUCGGGGAGGAAUACUUGAUAGAUGUAUACACGCCGGUGUCGGACAAUCAUCGUGCCCAAGUCGCAAUAACGGCCAUUCACAACGACACCAACGUAGUGAUCGAAUGUGUGGAACCUUGUACUAUCGACACUCAAACAGUUUUCGAGAAUAUGACAGUUGUCCUGAGUAAAAAUGAGUUACUUCUAUUUAAAGCAGGUUCUUAUGGCGGUAGCCUGACUGGAACCUUGAUCAGAGCUGAUAAAUCAGUCUCGGUCGUGGUAGGUUCAAUGGGUGUAGUCAUACCGCCCCCGGAGAAUGGUCUAGACCAUGGACUUAUUAUAGAACAAUUGAUGCCUGUCUCAAAGUGGGGAAGGGUCCACUUUGUUCCUCCUUUUCAAAAUGCCACAAACGGAUGGGUUAUUCGUGUUUCGGCGUUCUACCACAAUACCAAUUUAACCCUGUCUCAGUGUGGGAACGACAGUGUACAACACCGCAUGCUAAACAGACAACAAUUUAUUGACGUAGGUGUCUCAGAGGACCUGACCAGUCUUGUAUGCUUAAUAAUAUCCGAUAAGCCAGUUCAAGUCAUGCAAUAUAUGGCAAGUUCUACCAAGGAAGAGUAUGGCGAUCCGAGUAUGACGUUAGUCCCACCAGUGCAAGAUUACCAUGGGAAUACCACAUUUCGCUGUAACAAUACAGGCGACAUUUUGCAAUAUGUAGAUAUAAUAACAUCAGAACGCGGGAAAGACAGUCUUCAAAUAAAUGGCAGUUCGGUCACCGAUCUCACUGGCCAUUGCUUUAAUGUAUCUGAAGAUCUAAAGGCGACAUUGGGAUACAACUUUCCCUGGGUUAAAGAAUACUGUUACUUUUACAAACAGUUAGAGAACGGUACAUACCACGUGACUCAGAGUGACCAAUCAGAGAGGUUUCUAGUUCGACUCUACGCACAAAGUACAGGUGUUGGAGGAGCGAUGCUGGCAGGUGUGUCAUUUCAAAAGCCCGAAACGAUGGUCAUUAGCACGGACCAACCUACUACUAUUGGCACCACCAUGACAACCACAAUCAAUGCAACCAUGAUGUCUGAGGAACAAAAACGUGCUUCUCUUUCGGCUCGACUUUCAUCAGGAGAUUUCAAGACUUUCGGGGAGGCCGAGCAAGCCAUGUCUGAUUUCACCGACUACCUCGGCGAUCGUGAGGAGCUUGGAUCCAUCGACGAGCUCGUCUUCGCUUUUGAUUAUUUCACCAGUGUUCUCAAACGCAAUCCGCUGAAAUACGCCACCGGAGACAAUGCGAAGUCGUUCCUCAAUAUUUCUUCUGACGCCAUUAAUGUGCUUUUCGCGGACCGGACCAAUCAACUCUUAUUGGAUUCGUGUGCAAAGCAGAUCAAUCUUACGUAUACCCCUGAGGACGCGGAGAGGGAGCUGGAAGGUCUGAUGAAUGACGCAGCGAGUCUAAUCGUGAAUGAUGGAUCGCAGUCGUUUGGAGUUUCAACUAACCAUGCAGCGUUGGAAGUUACAUCAACGGGUCAGGCAGGAUCUUCGGCGAUUGCGACAGAAUCUUCUGUUUGUGAGGGCGCCCUAGACCUGGUGCUGGAUGGCGUGCAUAUCCCGUGUGAGGUCCUCCGGGAAGUGGGUUCUUCUGCUUCCUACCGUAUCAACCUUCCCCAUGGAGCGGAGGCUGUGGCCAGAUCAUCCUGCGAAAAAUAUGACGAAACAAAGAUCGCUGUUGCAUCUCCUCUCCUUGGAGUUGGUUUGAUAUCAGAGAGAAAAGUACCGUCUUUCAGCAAAAACAUAACACUCACGUUUCCAAUAACGAAAGGAGAGGAGGAAUUGAUGGAUAAUAACACUCUUUGUUCGUACUGGGAGUACAAUACUAGCAACUGGUCCUCUUUGGGGUGCACAUUCGAUGGGAUCACGGACACGGAUGGUGGCAAAAUGGUCACGUGCCUCUGUGAUCACCUGACUAGCUUCGCUGUACUGCUGAACGUGUCUAGUACUCAAGUGCCUCCUGGUCAUGAAUUUGCCAUGGGGGUCAUCUCCUGGGUCGGGUGCAGCUUAUCAAUCGUGGCCUGCUUUUUCACCUGUUUCGGCUACGCCAUUCUAAAACUGCACAGUGAUUUGAUCCUGAUUCAUGGGAACCUAGCCCUAGCUGUCGGGGGAACUGAGAUUGCAUUCUUGUGUCUAAAUUUCGUCCAGUUUCCAUCGAUAUCUUGUACUGUUGUUGGAUCUUUGAUCUAUUAUCUACUUUUAACCAUGUUUGCUUGGAUGGCAAUUGAAGGCAUUCAUCUUUACCUGCUUACGUUUGUUGUAUGGAACGCCGAACGACGCAAAAUCAAGCACUAUAUGGCAUGCGGAUGGGGAGUUCCAGUUGUCUUUUUGAUUGUGCUACUAUCAGUCCAGACUGGAGAGCUGGGAAAUCAAAAUGCGUGCUUCCUGAGCCUCGAUGACCUCAGUCUGUUAUUUCUUAUGGUGCCCAUCGCAAUUGUCAUCCUUUUUAAUUUAUUUGUAAUGGUACGGGUCGUACGGCAGAUAGCCAAAAUGGCCGACGGUCCUACAUUACAAAGUGACGUCAAGUCUCGAGUAAGACACGGCGUGAAGGCUAUAUUCGUCCUCCUCCCCAUCAUGGGCUUGACGUGGGUCUUUGCUUUCUUGGCCAUCGAGAGGGCGUCUGUCGCCUUCCAAUAUAUUUUCGUCAUCUCGAAUUCCUUCCAAGGAGUCUUCAUAUUCUUCGUCCACUUCAUAAGGAAUUCUGAGGUGCGGCAUGCUGUCAAGCGAAGGAGAGACCGGUGGUUGGUGAGCCAGAGCAGACAGGGAGAUUACAAGGUCAAGAAUACCAAGAAGACAUCGAGUUCAGGAGUCGACAAGACAAGUUCAUCACUAUCCAAAUCACCCGAACAGACGCUGACACUCAUGAACAUGAACACUGAAUUGGUCUACGGUGGUGAUAUUCCUGACAAAAAUGGCAACUGAUGGGACUGAGGGGCAGUUAGGGGGCCGAUACACCUGUGCGUUUUAGCCAGCGUAUGCUGACUUAUGUAUGCCAAGCCGUUUUGCCAGUUACUACUUUAUCUUAACAUCAAGAAGUGUGUUUUGUUAGCAACCUUAAACGUUUUUAUACAAAAAAGUGAUUUCUUGAUAUUUUGUGUUGUCCAUGUUAACAAGAUGCAAUUGUUGAUAUCGAGAAUGAAAUGUUUCAUAUCAAGAAAUGUGAUUAAAUAAGAACUUGUCAUAGUUCAUUAUACAUACGUCGGUAAAAGCUGGUUUAAAAGUCCCAAGUGUAACGGCCCCUUGAAGAUCCUGCGCAAUUGGCUCUUAUACACCUUGACUUGAAGAUGGUACUAAACACAUAGUGAUGGUAUCGGCCGUUGUCACAUUCGGGAUUGGAUUGAACUGGCAGGCCGGCAGCUGAAAUGGUAUAUAUUAAAGCAAGAGACUUUUAAUUGCUCGUACCUUAUAUGGAAUUAAUCAUAUAAUUUGCUGACACCAAACGUUUGGCAAAAGACUGGAUUUCCGAAAAAAAGAAACAUCAAUUGAACGGCAAAAAUCAGGAAGGGCACUAUUAUAGCGUAGACGCUGUCCCGUUUGCUUCGGGCAUAAACGGAUAGAGAAAGUGAGGCGACAAGUGAAAGAUAUAGAUCAUUACGUAAAAAUUUUGUUGGCAGGUGGGUCAAAAGAGUAGAACUAUUCUGUAACUGGGUAACACCGGAUGGUAUCGAACUUCCCACCCUUGCCAACACCCAUUUAAAGGAGAAUGAAACUCUUGGAGCAAGUUAGCUUUUGUGAAAGCAG